AUCGGCAGAUACUACGUGCGGUGGCCACGAGCCUUUAUAAAUAUGGCCCAACUUUGGACACUCUCCAGUAUCACCUCCUCUUUUCUCUCACAGCAUCUCCCAAAAUAAAUCUCUCUCUACUUCACUAACUUUCGCCAUGGAUCCAUACAAACACCUUCCGUCAAGCGCUUACAAUACCCCGUUUAUGACCACUAAUGCCGGAGCUCCUGUCUGGAAUGACAACAAUUCCUUGACCGUUGGACCUCGAGGUCCCGUCCUCCUUGAGGAUUAUCAUCUGAUAGAGAAAUUUGCCCACUUUACAAGGGAGAGGAUUCCAGAACGUAUUGUCCAUGCCAGGGGAGCCAGUGCUAAGGGUUUCUUCGAGGUCACCCAUGAUAUUUCUCACCUUACAUGUGCUGAUUUUCUUCGAGCCCCGGGAGUACAGACGCCUGUCAUUGUUCGGUUCUCCACUGUUAUUCAUGAACGUGGCAGCCCCGAAACCCUGAGGGACCCUCGAGGAUUUGCAGUGAAGUUUUACACCAGAGAGGGUAAUUUUGAUCUUGUGGGAAACAAUUUCCCUGUUUUCUUCACCCGUGAUGCAAUAAAAUUCCCAGAUGUGAUCCAUGCUUUUAAACCCAACCCAAAGUCUCACAUCCAAGAGUAUUGGAGGAUCCUCGACUUCUGCUCCUACCUUCCUGAAAGCUUGUCCACCUUUUCCUGGUUCUUUGAUGAUGUGGGCAUCCCAACUGAUUACAGGCACAUGGAAGGCUUUGGUGUACAAACAUAUACUCUGGUCGACAAGACUGGCAAAUGUCUGUAUGUGAAAUUUCAUUGGAAACCCACUUGUGGAGUCAAGUGUUUGACUGAUGAAGAGGCAGUUCAGGUUGGAGGAACUAACCACAGCCAUGCUACCAAGGAUCUCUAUGAUUCAAUUGCAGCUGGAAACUUUCCUGAGUGGAAACUCUACAUCCAAACUAUUGAUCCCGCACAUGAGGACCAAUUAGACUUUGACCCUCUUGAUGUUACCAAAUGGUGGCCAGAGGACAUCUUCCCCCUGCAGCCAGUUGGCCGCUUGGUCUUGAACAAGAACAUUGAUAAUUUCUUUACAGAAAAUGAGAUGCUAGCAUUUAAUCCUGGUCUUGUGGUUCCUGGCAUCUACUACACCAAUGAUAAGAUGCUCCAGACUCGAAUCUUCGCCUAUGGUGAUACCCAGAGGCACCGUUUGGGGCCAAACUACCUGAUGCUUCCAGUUAAUGCGCCCAAGUGUCCUCAUCGCAACAAUCAUUAUGACGGUUUCAUGAAUUUCAUGCAUAGGGAUGAGGAGGUUGAUUACUUCCCUUCGAGGUACGAUAAUGUUCGUCAUGCUGAGAGAUACCCCAUUCCAUCAGAUAUCUGUGUUGGAAAGCGUGAGAAGUGUGUCAUUGAGAAGGAGAACAACUUCAAACAACCUGGAGAUAGAUACAGAUCAUGGGCUCCAGACAGGCAAGAGCGAUUUAUCAGCCGGUGGAUUAAUGCUUUAUCUGACCCAAGAAUAACCUAUGAAAUCCGCAGUAUAUGGAUCUCAUACUUGACUCAGACUGACAAAUCUCUGGGUCAGAAGCUAGCUUCACGUCUCAAUGUAAGGCCAUCCAUUUAAAGGUGACUCUGGAACUGGAUGUUUUCAACUUGUGGGGAAUCAACAAGGAGUAAACAAACAUAUGGGGUGGCGGCUUUGCUGUCUAAAGAGUGUUAAAUUAAUCCUAUGUUUGCGGUGCUGUAUUGUAAUAUUGAAUAAAUUUGUCUGUUAUGUGACUCUUUCACCCGCUGUUCCAUCCAAUAAAAACCGUUUCAUGUUUUAAGUUACUA